AUGUCCAGUUUGCGUGAACAACGAUAUGCGAUUAAGUUUUGUGUUAGACUCAACAAAACUGCGACUAACACUUAUGAAGACAUAAAGCAAGCUUUUGGGGAUGACGCAAUGUCUCGUGCUUCCUGUUUUCGCUGGUUCAAAGAUUUUAAGGAGGGAAGAGAGGACCCAGAGUUGCAGGGAGGAUAUGGUGCCCCAGUUACUGCUCUCACUGAGGAAAUCAUCAAUACAGCAGUGGAAAUGAUCAAAACCGACCGACGUCUGACCGUCAGACAUAUUGCUGAACUCCUUGACAUAUCGGUAGGUAGUGCUCACACAAUUUUAAAAGACAAUCUUAACAUGUCUAGAGUGUGUGCUCGUUGGAUUCCUCGUUUACUCACACCUGAACAAAAACAAAACCGUGUCGAUGUUUGCCUUGAGUGGAAGCGGUUCGUUGAAGAAGAUAGGGAUUGGUGGAAGAGUUUAAUCACUGCUAAUGAGUCCUGGGUUUAUCAGUAUGACCCUGCAAUGAAAAUCCAAAGCACUGAGUGGGUAGAAAAAAAUGAAGGUCGCCCGAAGAAAGCUAGGGCAACCAAAUCUGCAAACAAAGCAAUGGUCAUUACCUUUUUUGACUAUAAAGGAAUGGUGUACACUCACUCAGUUCCACGUGGACAGAAAAUCAAUGGAGACUAUUACAAACAAGUUUUGGCUACAUUAAUGAAUGAUCACAUUUCUCGAAAGCGUCCAGAACUUCGAGGAAACUGGAAACUUCAUCACGACAAUGCGCGGCCUCACAUUGCACACGUUGUGACAGAAUAUUUGGCCAAACGAAACAUUAAGGUCGUGCCCCACCCACCUUAUAGUCCUGAACUUGCGCUCUGUGACUUGUUUUUGUUUCCUACUGCAAAAAAGGAAUUAAAGGGACGUCGUUUUGAUUCGGAACAGGAUGCAGUAAAGGCUUUGGAGGUGAUCCUGAAGAACAUGUCAAAGGAUGGCUUCUCUAACAUUUUCCAGGCAUGGUAA